UGGAUAGUUUCAGUGAGUUGAUUAGUAAACAAGAGAUUUUAGUUAGCUGAAAACGCGCGGAUUCCGAGUUUGGCGCUGAGCAUGUCAGGGGAUUAUCAUAAUGUUGACCUUCGUAUCUUCGAUGAGGCACAAUUCACCUGCCGAACUCUUGGAAGCGGGCUGACGGUUGAACUGAGGAAUGCCAGAACUAUUACCAUGCAAAAGAAUAAUGAAGUUGUAAAGGAAAUCCGUCUUACCCCGUCGGUUGACGUUCACCGUUUCUCUCAGAAAACACUGGCAAUAUGCACGAGGAAAAACGGUGCAGAGGGGCCAUCUGUGACGUACAUGCUGGCUUUUGAUUCUCUCGGAGACAUUCGCAGAUUUCUAGAUUCGAUCGAUGUUGCCAAGUCUAAAGGGGAGAAAAACAAGGGAGUUUGCUCCUCUAUUUUCGACAAACGAACAGACUCGUGGUCUGCAGUUCAGUACUUUCAAUUCUACAGUUACAUUAGUCAACAGCAAAAUAUGAUGCAAGACUAUAUCCGUACAUCAACAUAUCAAAGAGCAAUUCUUGCAAAUGCAUCAGCUGAUUUCCGUGGAAAAGUGGUAUUGGAUGUUGGUGCAGGUUCAGGGAUUUUAAGCUUCUUUGCAAUACAGGCGGGUGCAACAAGAGUUUAUGCAGUUGAAGCGUCAAAUAUGGCUUCUCAUUGUAAUAGCUUAGUUCAGGCAAAUAAAUUGGCGGGACGAAUCGUUGUUAUCAGCGGCAAAAUUGAGGAAAUCACACUUCCUGAACCAGUGGACGUCAUCAUUUCUGAGCCAAUGGGUUAUAUGCUUUAUAAUGAAAGAAUGCUAGAAUCAUACGUUCAUGCAAGAAAGUUUCUGGCACCACAUCUUCGACAACCAUUGAAAAAAAAGAGACAAAAUAAAUGCAAAACAGAACGACAUAGUCAGGAAGAGCAACAGUCAUCAGACAGUGUAGAAAAACACUUCUCCGACUCAGAUGACUCCAAUGACGUAUUAACUGAUGAAUCGGACUGUGAAGAUAUUGAUAUAGAUGACCAUAUGGAAGAUGAUGACGGAUCACUGAAAUUAUCCAACAAAGCCCUACCUUGUCCUGGAAUCAUGUUUCCAUCUGUUGCCAAUUUGUAUAUUGUUCCAUUCAGUGAUGACGCAUUAUUUGCUGAACAGUAUGGGAAGGCUAACUUUUGGUAUCAGCAGAGUUUUCACGGAAUGGAUUUAACAGCUCUGCGUAAUGCUGCAGUGACAGAGUACUUCAAUCAACCAAUAGUGGAUACAUUCGAUGUAGGCAUUUGUCCAGCCCUACCUUGUAUACACAAAGUUGAUUUUCGUACUGUGUCCGAAUCAGAAUUGGCUUCUAUUGAUAUUCCCUUGAAUUAUCACAUUACAACAUGCUCUACAAUUCACGGUCUUGCGUUUUGGUUUGAUGUGGGUUUCUUGGGUUCACAACGAGAUGUUUGGUUAUCAACAGCUCCUACUGAACCGCUUACCCAUUGGUAUCAGGUUACUGUCCGGGCGCCCAAACCGAAGCAGGUGGGGGUCUUAGUAGUCCAUACAGCAGCGAAGAAGCAGUGUCAUGAGUCAUGUCCUCAACGUUGUUGGUGUCUAAAGCAGGCUCAUAUGCCGUUUAAUCCUUUUGAAUUCUGGAUCCCAUGUACACCGUCGGUUUGAAAUCAUGGUUUUCGAGCACUCCUAGGUGUGUAGACAUGCGAUUCCGAAAGUCCGAUUUUAAGCACCAGAGGUUCGGACUUGCUUUUUUCGCUUUUGUGGAGAGCAUCCUACUGUGUGAAAGCGGUGAAUAAAAUUUACCUGGUAGGGGCUAUAAAUAACUGGCUAAAUGAGAGCGUUUUGAGAGGAAGCCUGGAGUCUACCCAUUGUCGGGGAGACCAGGUUGUUUAUGAGGUUCAGGUAUGUUCAGUUAUUUAUCGAUUUUAUAUGUAAUCCUUCAAAUGUGUUAUUAUGGUAACUUUUUUACCAACAUCCACCUUUAAUUAUUACAUUUAUCUAGGUACGUUGUCUCUUAGGGACACCGUUGUUCGUUCAAGAAGGUCAAACACUCACUGGUCGUGUUCUUAUGCAUGCCAACACUCGGCAGUCUUAUGAUGUUCAAAUUGAACUGAUAGUCCCUGGCAGCCAAACGAAGAUCACAAACAGUUUGGAUUUGAAGAAUCCACAUUUCAGAUACAAUGGUUAUCCACCGGCUCCACCGCCUGGUUCUCAUGUCCGGUCGCCGACAGAGACGUAUUAUGCCAAUUUGUGCGCACAACAACAAAUAGAGAUACAAUCACAGGCGGUUAUUGCUGGUGGUGUGCUCAACAGUAACAAUAGUAAUGGACAAAUAAAUUAUCGUAAUAGUCCAGCUUACACAAUGAAUCAAACUGGUGGACUUCCUGCAACUAAUCCAAUCUCUAAUGUUGUUCAUAAUAUCCCUGUAGCUGUUGCCAAUGACACUCUAGUUCAAAAUCAAUCUCAUCCUAUGCAAUUAUCCCCACAACCCUUUACUAACCAGACUACAUUAGAUAUGAGUCGUUAUAUAAUGGCAAAUCAUUCACAACAAGUUGCUCCAGCAGUUCUCAGAUCAGCAAGCAUUCCAGCGACAACUACUGCCAUGAUGGAACCGUUGGUGAAUUCUUCUGUGUGUGGGGUUAAUAAUGCGAACGACACAAUUUAUUACAAUCCUGUUAUUAGUACAAACCCUACAGACCACUGUUUCGCAAUGAAUAACGUUGGGAAUCCUGCUAAAAAUUGGAAUUCAGGUUCAAAAGUCAUGCAAUAGAAUAUUUAAAGGAGCGUCGUUAUCUUCUAGAAGGACAUUUUGUUGUUUCAUGUAUGAUUAUUAUUGAUUGAUUAAUGUAACAGUUGCAUUUUGUAUUUGUUAAAUGUUCUGCUCUUGAGUUACUCCUACUACUUUUUCCAAACUUUUGUUAUUAUUGUUAUUACUAUACAACUGUUAUAUUUUUUUGUGCGUGCAUUAUUUUGGAAGGGAUACAACAAGAGUAAUUCUCAAAGAAGUGCUUACUCACCCACUCUUUUUUGUCUUGUAUCUUUCCUUCCUUCCCUCCUUCCUAAUUCUUUCGCCUAUCUACCUACCUACCUUCUCAUAUUUCUGCGGUGGAUAUAUAUAUAUAUAUAUAUAUA